AUGAUUCUAUUUUGGCUGAUCCCUUACUCAGUAGCUAUUCUAUACCUUUUGGUUUGGCUGUACUAUGAAAAAGUUGAGAAAUAUCCAAAAGGACCACGUCCUUAUCCAAUUGUUGGGAACCUGCUUACGCUGAGUAUUAGCAAAAUCAACAAAGAAAUCGAAAAAUAUUCCGAAAUAUACGGUGGUAUUUUUACUAUAUGGUUGCCCAAGCCGCAUGGUUAUAAAUGGGAAGAGCAACGUCGAAUGGCUCAUCAAAUGCUCAAAAGUAUGGAAAUGGGAAAGAACCUUAUGGUGGAACAGGUGCUGCUUUCAGCUGAGGAUUUUCUCAAACAGUUGUCUUCCAUGAGCAACAAAGAAGAGGUCUGCUUGAAAGGGCCAAUCGAGGUGUUUGUUGCGAAUAACAUAAACAAAAUGUUGUUCGGAUUCAGCUAUGAUUACGACAACUGCGAUCGGCUGGAAAAAGUUGUUGACGGAUUUAACACUUUGUUCGAGAAGAUGAAGGGGAGCAAGCUGACCCUCUUUGGUCAUGGGUUCCCAGUUAUCUAUCGCUUUUCACUUCUCAGAUACUUUGCGAUGGAACGUUUCCGGAGGAUUCUUAGAGGACCUAGUCAAAUAAUCAAAGAAAACGUGGCAAGGGCUCUUGAAUCAUAUUCGGUGGAUCAGGAACCUGAAUGUUUAGUGCAAGCCUACUACCGAAAAAUGCAGUCUAGUCCAGCUCUGAAUGAAAAUAAUCUUCUUGAAUUAUGCAUGGACUUCUUCAUGGCAGGUAUGGAGUCAACUACAUUAACUCUCAAAUGGGCCACCUUGCUUUUGGCAGCCCAUACCGAUAAGCAGGAAAAGAUUCGUGAAGAGAUUCUCACAGUGCUUGGCCAUGAUGGCAAACCGACCCCAUCUGCGUGGUCUGAGAUGCGAUAUACAAGAGCCGCUAUAGAAGAAAUACAACGAUUCACCAAUAUUGUUCCCGUGAGCGUCACUCAUCGUACCAUCAGAACCACAAAUUUUGGAACUAUCAGAAUUCCUGCUGACACACUGAUAAUGAGCAGUGCCAAUCAUACUAUGGCUUACCUACCUGCAUUCGAGAACGGCCACGAGUUUCAGCCAGAACGAUUCCUAGACGUAGAUGGCAUUCCGGCCGAUAAGGUAAGUGAUUUUGUGUUUUCCACGAUUAAUGCCCUUUUUGCGGGUGACGAGAUGUUAGGGCCUUGA